ACAAUAUUUCCAUUUCCAUUUCCAUUGAGAGCUGCUUCAAACGUGGGGUGGGAUAUCAAAAGAAUUAAGUGGAAUAUUCAAUUAAUUCUCCCGCUCUUGUUGCAAAACUUCAAUUCAAAACAGCUUUCUACAAUCGCUUUUUUCUUCACUCGUUUCACUGCUGCUCUUCACUAUCUCAGCAACAAUGCCGCGUAAACGUGUUCGUCAACCAUCGGAACAACAACAAAACGACGCCGUUAAUCGUUCUACUCAGCGCAAGAAACCUAAAAAAUCUCCGGUGGUUGAAGAAGAACUGGUUUCUCUUAUUCCUUCUCGACGGAGGAAAGCAGCACAACGAUCUUCGGUGGUUAACGCCGACGAUUCAUUCUUCAUCGGAGAUCCUUUUCUAGCUGAUGAAGCUAAAACCCGUUGGCCUCACCGUUACGCCAAGAAUGAUGGUUCGAGUGAUGAUGAUACAGUGAAGGCGAAGUUUCAUUACCGUGAAGUGAAUGUUGAUGGGGUUAUAUAUAAGCUGAAUGAUAAUGCUUAUGUUAAGGGAGAAGAGGGUAAAGAAAACUAUAUUGCUGCAAUUGUGGAAUUGUUUGUAACACAUGAAAAUGAAUAUUAUUUUACUGCUCAGUGGUUUUACAGAGCUGAAGAUACGGUUAUCAAGAACCAUGGGGAUCUCAUUGAUGAAAAAAGGAUUUUCAAAUCUGAUGUGAAAGAUGAAAACCCUCUUGAUUGUUUAGUUAAGAAAGUUAACAUUGUACAAAUUUCUCCUGAUGAUGCUAAAGAGAAGAAUGUUCCUCCUUGUGAUCUAUAUUAUGAUAUGAAAUACACUUUGCCAUAUCUAACUUUUUCAAGCAUUGACAAUGAACCUUCAAAAAUAGAAAGCGAGACUGACAAAAUAGAAAGUGAGACUUCAACAAUAUCAAGUGAAUCUGGGUCCAAUGCAUGUGCAACUGAUAAUAAUGUGGCUGAAGAAGGAUUGUCUAAAAUUAAAGAAUCUGAUAGAGAGUGGACUUUAUUAGAUUUGUAUUCUGGGUGUGGAGCUAUGUCCACUGGCCUUUGUUUUGGAGCUUCUAUUGCUGACAUUAAGCUUGUGACGAGGUGGGCUGUGGAUACAAAUGAAUAUGCAUGUGAGAGUCUUAAGCUGAAUCAUCCCGAAACUCAAGUGAGGAACGAGACAACAGAAGACUUUUUAUCUCUUUUAAAAGAGUGGUUUAAAUUGUGCGAGAAGUUUGUUCUGAAUGGAACAGAAAAUAUAGAUUCUGAAUUGAAUGCUGGUGAAGAGGCUGGUGAAGAAGCUGAUGAUGAAGCAAUGGAUAGUUCAUCUGACUCUGAGGUAUUUGAGGUAGAAAGACUAGUCUCUGUUUGCUAUGGUGAUCCCAAUGAAGAUGAAAAAGCAGGACUUUACUUCAAAGUGCAGUGGAAGGGUUAUGACACCAGUUAUGAUACAUGGGAGCCAAUUGAGGGCUUGAGCGAUUGUAAAGAGGCUAUGAAAGAAUUUGUUACUAAAGGAUAUGAGGAUAAGAUAUUGCCUCUUCCUGGUCAAGCUGAUUUCAUUUGUGGUGGACCCCCUUGCCAAGGGAUUAGUGGUUUCAAUCGUUUCAGGGACAAAAAUGCUCCUAUGGAUGACAUAAAAAAUAAGCAACUAAUCGUCUACAUGGAUAUUAUUGAAUUUUUGAAGCCUAAAUAUAUAUUGAUGGAGAAUGUUGUUGACAUAUUGAAAUUUGCUGGUGGGUAUCUGGGGCGUUAUGCUGUAGGACGUCUAGUGGCCAUGCAUUAUCAAGCUAGAAUGGGAAUGAUGGCUGCGGGGUCGUACGGCCUUCCUCAAUUUCGGAUGCGUUUUUUUCUUUGGGGCGCUCUUCCUACCCAAAAUUUACCUUCAUAUCCGCUACCAACUCAUGAGGUUAUAUCGAGAUCUGUUAUCCCCAAGGAGUUUGAAGAGAUUACUGUAGCUUAUACCACUAAUGAAAAAUGUCAGCUCGCCCCAGCGUUGUACCUGGGUGACGCAAUUGAUGACCUCCCUCCAGUUGAAAAUGAUGACAGCGAUGAUGAAAAGAGUUAUGGGACCACUCCUCGUACUGAUUUUCAGAGAUAUAUUAGAUUAAAGAGAAGUGAGAUGGUGAAUUACACAGCUGACUCUGAAAGUGCACCAAGUGGUCUGCUGUAUGAUCACAGGCCAUAUCUGUUAAAUAACGAUGACUAUGAGAGAGUUUGCCUCAUUCCGAAGAAGAAGGGGGCAAACUUCAGGGACCUAAAGGGUGUGCUUGUGAAAGAAAAAAAAGUGGAGUGGGACCCCUCUGUUGAAAGAGUGUAUCUGAAAUCUGGGAAGCCUUUGGUCCCGAAUUAUGCUAUGAAAUUUGUUCGGGGGACUUCCUCUAAGCCAUUUGGUCGACUUUGGUGGGACGAAAUUGUGUCCACAGUUGUGACCCGGGCGGAACCUCACAACCAGGCUCUUAUCCAUCCAAAGCAAGACAGAGUACUUACCAUUCGAGAGAAUGCAAGGCUUCAGGGAUUUCCUGAUUGCUAUAAACUUUGUGGCCCUAUAAAAGAAAGGUACAUACAAGUUGGAAAUGCGGUUGCUGUUCCUGUGGGUCUUGCCCUCGGAUACACAUUGGGUUUAGCACUUCAAGGACGCUCUGGGGACAAUCCUUUGACAACUCUCCCCUUUAAGUAUCCAAGUUGUCUUGCCCGUCCUUUAGCUGUAGUUGAUGAUGAUGGUUCAAGUUGAGCUUGUCCUCGUUAAUUCAUGUCUUUUCCAUUGUUAUCUUUUUUUCUUCCAUUUUCAUUUUUAAGCCAAGAGCAUUCAGGCUCUGGAAUUGUAUGAAUGGAUGUUUGUUCAAUUGAUGACAUUAAAUAUUCACACUUCGGUGAUGAUUUUGCAAGAUUUAUUUGAAAACACAAUAUAUGUGAA